UUUGACUGAUCACCAAAAGGCAAACUACUCAGCCUGCCUCAUUAGCAAAGCAAGGAAUAAAGGCGUAAUCCUCUUAAAAAAGGGAGAAAAAAAGGGGGGUGCUGAGGGCUCUUGCCUUUGGCUCACCUCACUUUAAACUCGUCCAACUGGGGAACCAGCAGCUGGGCAGAGGAAGAUUCAGCUGCCCCGUUACCCACAGCCUCGCCCAGGCCCCAGCUGGCCAGUGGAUCUCAGCCGCUCUCACACUUCCCUGGGACCUGCCUGCUUGUUUCCGAGAGCACAGCUCACUGUUUCGUCCUUUGUGCUCACAGGGAAGAGCACGAUGAGGCACUUGGAGGCAACCGGAGAGGUCCUGCUGGACCGGAAGGGCUGCGCGGGCGUGGUCACACUGAACAGACCCAAGUUCCUCAACACGCUGACUCUUCCGAUGAUACGGCAGAUUUACGCACAAAUUCGGAAGUGGGAACAAGACCCUGAAACUUACCUGAUCCUUAUGAAGGGAACUGGAGGAAAGGCUUUCUGUGCCGGGGGUGAUGUCAGAGUAAUCUCAGACGCUGCAAAGGCAAAACAGGAACUGUCCCGAAUUUUCUUCAGAGAGGAAUAUGCACUGAACAAUGCCAUUGCUUUGUGCCGGAAACCGUAUGUUGCUCUUAUUGACGGAAUCACAAUGGGUGGGGGAGUUGGUGUCUCAGUUCAUGGACUAUUCCGAGUGGCGACUGAAAAGUCUCUUUUUGCAAUGCCAGAAACAGCAAUAGGGCUGUUCCCUGAUGUGGGUGGAGGUUAUUUCUUGCCGAGACUUCAAGGAAGACUGGGCUACUUCCUUGGACUGACAGGCUUCAGACUAAAAGGAAGAGAUGUGUACAGAGCGGGGAUUGCCACGCACUUCGUGGAUUCUGGGAAGCUGCCCAUGUUAGAGGAAGAUUUGUUAGCCCUGAAGGCUCCGUCCAAAGAAAGCAUCGCCGAAGUCCUGGCAUCCUACCAUGCAGAGUCCAAGAUUGAGCAAGACAAACCUUUUAUACUGGAAGAACACAUGGACAAAAUAAACAGGUGCUUUUCCGCCAGUACCGUGGAGGGGAUCAUUGAAAACUUACAGCGAGAUGGUUCACCUUUUGCCUUGGAGCAGCUGCAGGUAAUUAAGAAAAUGUCUCCAACAUCCUUAAAGAUCACACUCAGGCAACUCACGGAGGGGGCCUCGAAGACCUUGCAGGAGGUGUUCACCAUGGAGUAUCGGCUGAGUCAGAUGUGUAUGGGUGAUCAUGACUUCCAUGAAGGUGUCAGAGCUGUUUUGAUUGAUAAAGACCAGAGUCCAAGGUGGAAACCAGCUCAUCUAAAAGAAGUGACUGAUGAAGUGUUGGAUAAUUAUUUUAAACCACUGGGGAACAGGGAUUUGAUCCUCUGAGGGGACUGUUCUUUCAAAGUACUGCACAUAUUUGGAGCAAGAGCUGGCAAAGUAUAGUGUGUGGGCCACACCUGGCCUCCUGUGUUUUUAUUUAGCCUGCAAACUAGGAAUGUUUUUCCAUUUUUAAAUGGUUGAGAAAGGAAUCAAGAUAGAUACUUCAUGACAUGUGAAAACUGUAAUAACUCAGUAUCAGUGUCCAUAAACUAAUUUUUAUGGGAA